GAGGUGGAGCCAAAUGAGGUGGCCUGCCGCACCUGCGCCGGGCCAGCGCGCACGGCCAAGCACUCCUCGCUGCUGGUGAAUGGCUGGCAGAGCUUUAGCUUCAGCGGUACCCUCCACGGUGCAGUGAAGCAGCCGCGGACCACCAUGCCGUUCUUCUCAUCGCCCUUCCACGCCGGUGCGACAUUUCCGCAAGGCUGUGUGGCAGCAUCCGACCGCUACCUCCUGAUCAGUGAUAUGUUCGGUCUGCUCACUUUGCACAGCCGCGGCGGGUGUGCCUCCAACGGCGUUGCCGCAGGCUACCUCGGCCAGGAGAAUGGUUUCGGUGGCCUCGCAGUGCGCUCGUCACUGCCUUGUGAAGCACUCCUUUUUUCCGAGCUCGGUGCGUCGCUGCAGGGACGGUUGGCCACAGAUUGGGGGUGCAUCUGCGGUUGGGAAUCGACAGCGGAUGGCUGCAGCACACCGCAAGAUAAAGUCGUGCAGCACUACCUCAACCUGGUGGCACUGCACAACGCGCUUGGCCCGUGCAAGCCGCCGCCAGCAGGCUGGUGCUCGUGGUACUGCCAUGGCCCGCAUGUCGAUGAGGCGUUGAUGCUGAGCUCCUUGGAGGAGUUGAAGAGCAAAGGCCUCGACUCCGGUGACCUGCAGCUCAACCUUUUCCAGCUUGACGAUGGCUGGCAGUCUGCUUGGGGAGAUUGGCUUCAUCCACACCCGCAGCGUUUCCCGAACGGACUGAAGCCCUUGGUCGAGGCGAUCAAGGCGGCCGGACUCACAGCCGGACUGUGGCUCGCUCCCGCCUCCUUGGUUGCUGCGUCGAAGGUUGCCCAGGAGCAUCCUGAUUGGCUCCUGAAAGAUGAGGGAGGCCGGCCGACAAGUUGCGGUUUCACGGCACCCGGGCUUUGGAUGCGAGCCUUGGAUACGACGCAUCCGGAAGUUCAGGCUCACAUCCGGCAGAUGAUCCACACCAUCGUGCAUGAUUGGGGCUUCAAGUAUCUGAAGUGCGACUUCCUCCACUGCGCAGCGCUGCCCGCAAAACGCUGGGACAGCAAGACCUCCCGCGCAGCAGCGCAGGCCACGCUACUGCGCAUUAUUCGCGAAGCUGCGGGCAAAGACGUGUUCAUCCUUGGUCUGAAAUUCUGGAACAUCGUCGUGACAAAGAGCAACAGCACGAGCAAGAAUGCCUUCAAGAAGGGCUUCUACAAGGACUUCUUCACCACCUUUGCCGGCGACAUGUGCGGACCCAUGAAGUCCGGGAGCACCGUCUUCAGGGAGUCGGAGUUGAAGGCCUUGCUACCUGCGCUGCCGCAUGCUGCGCAGCACGUCGCCUUCUCCUGGGGCGACGUUCCUGACAAGGCUGCGGGAUCCACCGGUCUGGACCCUGGGAGCGGACCCAGCCAUCCAUACAGUAGAAGCCCAAAAGUUGGAAACCCAAUAGCCUCAAUCCUUAAGAGUAAUGUAUAG